AUAUAAGAUGGUUUCUCCCAAGGCCUCUCUCCCAUAGUAACAUGCCCAACGAAACACACAAUCUCUUUCGAAAUGCCAUCUGACUGUACAGCUGCCAGGGCCCCUGUAUAGAGGGAAUAGUCUCCGUUAGUAGCACACCAACCGGCUCAAAUUGAAUCCACAGUGAGACAGACAUGAGGCAAUUUCAUUACAAAGCUGUAAAAAUGACACAAGAGAAAAAAACAGAACUAGAAAUGAUGAAAAAAGAUCCUGAAGCAGGAAAGGAGGAGGAGGAUGUUGGCGUCGCUCCCCACUGGUUCGAAACAUAUGUACAACCGUGUGUGGCAGAACUUCUGGGCAGUGCCCUCUUUAUCUUUAUCGGGUGCCUCUCUGUCAUUGAAAAUGCAAAGACAACGGGCAGCCUUCAACCUGCAUUGGCACAUGGUCUCGCAUUGGGACUGACCAUUGCUGUCCUAGGAGGAAUCAGUGGAGGCCACUUUAAUCCUGCUGUCUCCCUGGCUGCCUGGUUAAUUGGAGGACUGAAUAUUAUUCUCGUAGUUCCAUAUUGGGUCUGCCAGCUCUGCGGGGGAAUGAUUGGAGCAGCACUGGCAAUGGCUUUGUCAACGGAGACAAAUUUUGAAAACGCCACUGGGGCUGCAUUUACGACUGUGAGAAGUGAUGAGGCAGUUGCCAGAGCUAUCGGAGCAGAAAUUAUUAUGACCUUCUUCCUGGUGUUUGCAGUUUGCAUGGGAGCCAUCAACGAGAAAACACGGACCCCUCUGGCCCCCUUCUGUAUUGGGUUUACCGUUACUGUGGAUAUUCUUGCUGGUGGGGCUAUCUCAGGAGCCUGCAUGAAUCCUGCACGAGCCUUCGGCCCAGCUGUGGUGGCUGAUUACUGGACCUUUCACUGGAUAUACUGGGUUGGACCCAUGGCAGGUGGUCUCUUGGUUGGAGGAAUAGUAAGGUUGUGCCUGGGAGAUAAGAAAAUCCGUCUCUUCCUUAAGUGACGCCAGGAAAAGAAAGUCCCCAAUGUCAUCUUGGUUCAUGCGGCUCCUUUACAGUCCCCCACACAGCAUCAUGUAUCAACCUCAGCGUCUUAUCAAGAAUCUAAAAGAAAGCCUCAUAGGGAUCCCAUCAAUCCUUUCUUCUCUCUCAACAAUUCUGCCAAUGACAACUCAUGCAAUUUUAUCCGGGAGAUGGAAGGCGACGUUGAGGAAAUGGGGACUUUCUUAUCAUUACAUAACAACCCAGAAAGAAGAUCUAAAACUCAUGACUUGAGUGAGGACAGUAUCUUGUGAUCCUAUCGCUUGCUGUUGCAUCUUAUCUCAAAAUAACCAGAAAAUGCAGUCCAAACCACUAAAGGCUGCAUUAUACUUCUCAUAGCGGCAUAAGCAGUAUUCCUUUUUUUUUUUUUUGAAUAUAUAUAUUAUUUUCAAUCAAUUUAACCACUGUGUGGUUCACUGUCUUUAGUGGCACAUAGCGCCCAACACUGCUGCCUCCUUGUAACAUAUUAGCCAACAGAUUAACAUUAUGUCCUCCUCCAGGGAUUAUACUCAAACUAUACUUGCUUUUAUAUGGAUGUGUAGUAUAUCUGAUCCAUUUUGGCUAAGAACAGUGGCAAUUUAUUGGGUAUGGAAAUAUGGAGAUUCUGUCUGUAUGUUAUUUGUUCUUGAUUGCUGUCAGAAUAAUCACAGGUAGCUUUAUAAAUCUUGCCUUAUUAUCCAACAAGCUCUUUCAUCUAUUCUACAUUAUAUUUAUUUUAUACCAAGUUGGAUUGAUCUGCCUGAGUACCCGAGUAUAGCCUAGUGGUCCUAUCAACUGUUUCUUAUUUUCACCAUACAGUAGUUCUACAUGACCUAUUGCAUUUAGCACUGUCUCCAUUUAAUUGUUGUGAGAGUGGGCCCUUGAUGUUUGCUUUUGAUGUGCCCUUGGAGUCCCCAGUCCAACCCUAAGUUUAUCUAUUUGCAAAAGUCCAGUCUCCAAGGGUUACCUACUAUAUUUACAUCUUCAAUUAUCUGCCCCAAUCCCAUCACAUACAACAACGAAUCAAAUAUUUUCCUAGACCAGACUAGAAAAGUAAAAGCUACAUGCUGACUGGUUGCUAUGGAUUACAGGGCCAUAGGAAAACAACCAAAUCACUUGUUAAUACUCAUCCUGACAACACAGUUUACAGUAUUUUCUAUAUUAUACCAGAGCUCAGCUUAGUUUUAGGUGUAAUUGCCUUUUCAUUUGACCACAUUUUACUUUUAACUAUAGUUUUUCCUGUAGGGACAUAGGUAUACCGUAUAUGAAACAAUUUUCUAUGUUAGAAAAUGUUAAGUGCUUCCUAAAUCUGCCAUUGUGGUAUAUAAUGCAGAUAUUUGGACAAGAUUUAUAGUUAAAUAGCUGUAUUGGGGAAGCAAUGUACAAUUGUGGGGAUCACCAUAUGCAUAUAUUAAUAUAUAAAUAUAUAUGUAUUUGAUUUAUGGGUUUUCACAAUUUACAUGUAUAUAUGGUUGUGCUGUUGCUACAGCUAUUUUAUUGGGUGAAACAGAACUGUAUUUCUGAGCACUUACUACAUGAAGAUAAAGGACACCCCAUCAGGGGAACAGUCUUGGCUUGUGGGGGUGGGUAGGGUGGAGCAAUUAUUUAUCCACAGUCCAGGUAUUUAUUAGACUAAUAACUGGUACCCUAUGAUUUUGGAGAACUCCCCUGUGAGAUGUUAGACAUUGGAUCACAUGUAAAUAAGGUUUUCAAGUGGUUUUUACAAAGGGAGAGUUUAUAAGACUAAAUAGAACGUGUGCAAGAAAAGGGAGAAGGGAAGUAAAUGUUCUACAAGAACUGGGUAGGUAAUGUAUGUUGACUGAUUGUGGGGAGAGGCAGAGACCUCCUUAGGGGUGGUCAAUAGGAGCAGGUGGAUGUGGUAUUGCCUGAUGUCAGCUCAGAGCAGGGGAAGCGGGCUUCUUCAGACUAAAUGGAACGUGUGCAAGGAAAGGGAGAGGGGAAGGAACAGUUCAACAAGAACUGGGUAGGUAAUAAAGUAUGUUGACUGUUGACUGAGGCAGAGGCCUCCCUAGAGGUGGUCAAUAGGAGCAGGUGUACGUGGUCCUGUCUGAUGUCAACUCAGAGCAGGGGAAGUGGGUUUCAUCAAUUUGAGAGCCCAUAAUGGGUAACUUGCUCCUCAACCUUCAACCACUAAGAAUGGUCCUUUAGAGACAUGGAGAGGUCAGAUUGGGAAUAAAAGAAUAGGAGGGAAAGGAAAGUUGGGUGGAGGAUGGAGAAAGUGGGAAUUUCAGAGUAAGGGACCAGAUGGAGUAGGUGGAAGGGAUGGAUAAGAAAGAAAAGGAAAGGAUGAUAGAAUAAAUAAAUUAUUAAAUUUUCAGGGAAAUACAAGGUUGCUGAAACCCGGUUUUCAGGGUCAGACUGGCCUGCCAGGAUAUUAGGGAAACUUCCAAUUGUCCCCACUGUAUAAUAAAUCCAAUUUUUUCCAUAGAGCUGUGUGCUGCAGAAACCAGUUGGUGAAUUUGUAAAUCCAAUGGUGCAUAGAGAGGGGCCCUGAUGUUCACGUUCUCUGCUGGGCCCUAGGAGGCCCAGUCCAACACUGCCUAUUAUUGUACAGAUAGAAACCAUGUGUGCUAGGAUACAAAAGGAUAUACACAUCCAUUUCUAACUAAUUUGUAUUUUGAAGCCUUCGCAUAUACUGUACAUUCAUUCCAAUAAAAAAAUAUCUUUUCCAAAAUAA